CACAGUACAAAAUACAAUCGAGCAUUUGAAUGAGCAGUUAUGCAUGCGGGAUGCGGAAAAGGAAGCGCUGAUGAAGCAGAAGGCUGAUGCAGAAUGGCAGCUCGGAGAGCACCAGUACUGGCUCCGGAACGCCAACGAUAGAAUAGCUAGCCUGGAGAACGAAUUAGCGCAUGUGAAAGAAAGUGAUCAACACACGUUACGUGAUUUGCGCUCCGAAAACGAAAGCUUAAUACAAACGUUUGUUGUUUCUUUUUUCAAUUUGAUCUUCUAUGCAUCAAGCGGUACAUCAUUUACGAAUUUGCGCAUCAAAGAGGAAGUUAAGCGGCUCGAAGAUGAACUACAGACGUCACGAAGAUCGAUGGCUGGAAAGCUGGAAGAGCGCAGUGUAUGCCCAAGAUGCAAAGAAGACUCGGAACUGAGCUAUGCGGGAUCUGUUGGUGAGGACAUCAGCGCACUAAGCCGUUCGAUACGUGAAUUACGCCAGGAUCUGAAUCAUCAGGCAAUCAUUGACACGUUAACGAGGCAGUGCAGCGCGAUGGAAUAUGCGCUGGAAGAAGAGAAGCAAGCCCUUAGCGAUGCCUACCAGAGGUAUGUG